AAGUGUACAACUUACAACAAAAAAAAUAUACACCAACUUGAUCAUAAGAUCCCUCUUCGUCAAACCCCCCAAUAAAAGCCCUAACCCUCAAAUCACACACACUAAUGGCUUCCACCCUACCCUCAAUCAAUGGCACCGUUACAGAAACCACUCAAUCUGUAACCACCGCCUCAAUUCCGCCGGGUAUGGCCACGGAGACGGAUCCGGCGGCCAAAAAUCCACCGGCUACGGCGGAAGGAACGGUAUCGCCGGAGAAGAAGUGGCCGGGAUGGCCAGGGGACUGCGUGUUUCGACUCAUAGUGCCGGUGCUGAAGGUUGGGAGCAUAAUUGGACGGAAAGGAGAUAUUAUUAAGAAGAUGUGUGAAGAUACCAAGGCUCGGAUUCGUGUUCUCGAUGCUACUGUUGGUACACCUGAUCGCAUUGUUUUGAUAUCCGGAAAAGAAGAACCAGAGCUACCUUUCUCCCCUGCAAUGGAUGCUGUAAUAAGAGUAUUCAAACGCGUUAAUGGAUUCCCAGAAAAUGAGGGUGAGAGUCUAGCAUCCAUACCAUUCUGCUCCAUUCGAUUAUUGGUACCAUCAACGCAAGCCAUAAGUCUGAUUGGAAAACAAGGAUCAUCAAUCAAAGCAAUACAGGAGAGCACAGGCUGUUCUGUGCGGGUGCUAUCGGGCGAUGAAGUGUCAGCAGUGUCUGCCAACUCAGAUGAACGGAUCGUGGAUAUGCAGGGUGAAGCUAUAAAGGUUUUGAAAGCUCUAGAAGCUGUAGUGGGACACUUGAGGAAGUUUUUGGUAGAUCAUAGCAUUCUUCCUCUCUUUGAACAAUCUAACAAUGCAGCAGUAGCAGCAGCAGCAGCAGCCACACAAGAACAUCAAGUGGAGACGUCAUGGGCUGACAAACCCAUGAUGCGUAGUACUAGUGGUUUACAGUCGCAACUCGGGUUAGGUGGCGUGGGUGAUUUUUCUCUUCCAAUGAGAAGAGAGACACUGUUCGCUGAUCGUGAACCACAACGAGAAUCACUUUUGACAUCACAUGGGCUUUCUUUGUACGGUCGCGACCCUGGGUUGCCGCCACCCGCAACGCUUUCUCCUGCACUUGCGCGCACUGGUGGUCCUAUUGUCACUCAGAUAGCUCAAACAAUGCAAAUACCACUGGUUUAUGCUGAGGAUAUAAUUGGGGUUGGUGGGACAAAUAUUGCGUAUAUCCGUCGGACUAGUGGUGCGAUUCUUACUGUGCAAGAAAGCAGAGGUUUACCCGAUGAAAUUACAGUUGAAAUAAAAGGGACAGCGUCACAAGUUCAGACAGCUCAGCAACUUAUUCAAGAAUGUGUCAACAAAGAAUCAUCGAAUCCAAGCAGCUAUGGCAAACUAGAAUCGAGUUUGAGGUCUUCAUACUCUCAAUUGGGGAAUUCAUCAUACCCACCACCAGCAUCAUCAGCUUAUGGUGGACCAUCGUAUGGCGCGUAUGGAGCCCCUGGUUUAGGAGGAUACAGUAGUAGUUACAGGAUGUGAAAUGUAAGUGAUUGAUAUAGAAGCUGUUUGGGACCUUUUAUUUUCUACAAGCCUAUUUUAAUGUACUAUUUAUUAUAAACAAAGCUUGGACUACUUCUGGCU